AUGGAAUUGAUAAAUACAGAACACUGGAAUGAGAUAAUUCAUGGUGUGAAAACAUUAAGUGAAUUUACAUUCUCUGAAAGUGGAAUCAUUGUUGAGAAGCCUAAUAUAGCUUUGAAGUGUGGCCAAGAGAGGAAGUUAGCAGAGAGACUGAAGCUUGGGUAUGUGAAAGGGAAAGGUGCAAGAAGCAAGAAAGUGCCCAUUAUAUUCCCUGAGGAGACAGUUGCUGCAAUUGACAUGUUAAUGCAGCAUAGAGAAUCCUUCAUCAUGAACAAAACUAACCCUUACAUAUUUGCUAGGCUCUACAAGAAUUCGUUAAAGUCACUUCGUGGUUCUGACUGUGUAAGAGAAGUUUGUGUGAUGGCAGAGCUUCAACAUGCAUCUUUAGUUACUGCUACACAGAUGCGAAAAUAUCUAGCUACAACUUUACAAUUGCUAGACAUGAAAGAAACAGAGCUCCGUUGGAUAACAGACCAUAUGGGUCACACUGUUGAUGUACAUAAGAAAUGGUACAGACUUUCAAACAGGGCUGUGGAGCUAACAAAAGUAGCCAGCAUUCUAUCAGCCACUGAAUCCGGUCAUCUUAAAAAGGCACACCAUGUACUGUUUGAUAAUGUGAGCAAAGAUGUUGAAAAAUCACAGAUCGAUGGACCAUAUGCUUGCACCCAGAAUGUCCAAAUGACGCAGCAGAUUGGCAGGAUCUCUAGUGAUGGGUCAGAGUCAUCCACCCUGCAACCCAAAGAAAAGAGGUUGUCUGAUGAAGAUGUUGGAAAAUCACAGAUCGAUGGACCACAUGCUUGCACCCAGAAUGUCCAAAUGACGCAGCAGAUUGGCAGGAUCUCUAGUGGUGGGUCAGAGUCAUCCACCCUGCAACCCAAAGAAAAGAGGUUGUCUGAUGAAGGAAAGAAAAAACAAGUGCAUGUGGCUUGGAGAGUUGAUGAAAAAAAAGCACUGUACAGUGCCUUCGGGCAAUAUUUAAAUGGCACAAGAGGUCUGCCUGGAAAAGGAGAGAUUUUUACAGCACAAACCAAAUUUAGUAUUCUCCAAAACAGAUCAUGGUUGAACAUUAAAUAUCAGUUGAAAAAUAUGCUAAAGAAAAAUAAGUGAAUUAUUCUUUGAGACCAUGAACAAUGUUAUGUUGUAUAUUAAUUGAUACUUUGAAAAGUGUUCUGUUGUGCAUUAAUUGAGACCUUGAACAGUGUUCAUUUGUGUAUUAAUUGAGACCUUGAACAGUGCUCAUUUGUGUAUUAAUUGAGACCUUGAACAGUGCUCAUUUGUGUAUUGAGACCUUGAACAGUGCUCAUUUGUGUAUUAAUUGAGACCUUGAACAGUGCUCAUUUGUGUAUUAAUUGAGACCUUGAACAGUGCUCAUUUGUGUAUUAAUUGAGACCUUGAACAGUGUUCAGUUGUGUAUUAAUUGAGACCUUGAACUGUGCUCAUUUGUGUAUUAAUUGAGACCUUGAACAGUGCUCAUUUGUGUAUUAAUUGAGACCUUGAACAGUGCUCAUUUGUGUAUUAAUUGAGACCUUGAACAGUGUUCAUUUGUGUAUUAAUUGAGACAUUGAACAGUGUUCAGUUGUGUAUUAAUUGAGACCUUGAACAGUGCUCAUUUGUGUAUUAAUUGAGACCUUGAACAGUGCUCAUUUGUGUAUUAAUUGAGACCUUGAACAGUGUUCAUUUGUGUAUUAAUUGAGACCUUGAACAGUGUUCAGUUGUGUAUUAAUUGAGACCUUGAACAGUGCUCAUUUGUGUAUUAAUUGAGACCUUGAACAGUGCUCAUUUGUGUAUUAAUUGAGACCUUGAACAGUGUUCAGUUGUGUAUUAAUUGAGACCUUGAACAGUGUUCAUUUGUGUAUUAAUUGAGACCUUGAACAGUGCUCAUUUGUGUAUUAAUUGAGACCUUGAACAGUGCUCAUUUGUGUAUUAAUUGAGACCUUGAACAGUGUUCAGUUGUGUAUUAAUUGAGACCUUGAACAGUGCUCAUUUGUGUAUUAAUUGAGACCUUGAACAGUGCUCAUUUGUGUAUUAAUUGAGACCUUGAACAGUGCUCAUUUGUGUAUUAAUUGAGAUGUUGAUCUUAGUUGUAAAACUUCUUUCUUGAACUUUUGCUGUUAGUCAUUUUUGUAACUAAGAUUUAGAUUAACCCUUUACCAAACGACAAAUCUUGAACUCUUCUAAAUUGGAAGAAGUUGCAGAUGACAAUUACAAUUGUAAAAUAAUGUAAAGAAAUUGCUUUUGCAGGUGAGAAAUCAUUGUGGGAUAAGGAGAAAGUGUGGGUCAAUUUGAGCAAUUUCUCCUUUUCUCACAAUUAUUUCUAGAUCCGUCUGCAACAAACUAGUAAAAUUUCGUCAUUGUUUGGUAAAGGGUUAGGAUUUUCAAAUUUGUGCUAAACACUAUAUUGUACCAUUAGAAACUAAUACUCUAUGCCCCCUUAUAAACAGGUCGUUAUAUCCCAAGAGGUCUAUAUACAAAGUAUGUGGGGACUAUAUUUGAUUCCAUCUGUUUGUCCAUUGUCUGUAGAUAAAAUUUUGUUUUUAAUUUUUCAAGGAUGGCAUUUUGACAGAAUUUAAUAAAAUGUUCAUAUUUAAAUGCAAUAAUGUACUGUGUGUCUUCCUGUUAUUUCAUUUUUGGAUUGAAAUUUAAUGGCCUACACUACAGGCAGCAACUUCAAGGGGCCAUAUUGGGGUAUUCAUCUCAUUAACUCAUUGGUUCCUGUUUCAAUUUGCAGCAAAGGACUUCAACAAGAAUUUUAUUAAAUGUCAGAUAAUUGUUUAGAACUGUUUUAUGUAUCAUUAGCCCUUGAACACUAAGGGACAAAAGGAGGAAUUGCUCACCAUGACCAAUUUCUCCUUAUUUUCCCCGUCGAAAUGAAAUUUCGGAAGGGAUAUUGUAAUAGUCUCCGUCUGUCUGUCUGUCCGUCCGUCCGAAACUUUGUCCAGAGCAUAUCUCAAAAACUAUAAGAGGUAUCAACACCAAACUUCAUAGGUAGAUAGAUAUCGAUGAGGAGAAGUGCAGUGUAAAAGAACCAUUACUCCCAUAUAAAAAAUGGGAGUUAUAGCCCUUUGUUAUCCCGGCCGAAAUGAAAUUUCGGAAGGGAAUAUAGUAAGUCUCCGUCCGUCCUUCUGUCAGAAACUUUGUCCAUAGCAUAACUCCAAAUCUAUUCAAUGGAUUAACUUUAAACUUAGAAUAUAAACAGAUGGCAACUAGGAGAAAUGCAGUGACCAAGAACCAUAACUCUAUCUACCUUAGUUUUUUAAUUAUUUCCCUUUAUAUAAUUUCAAAGUAAAUUUUUGUCCGGAGCAAAACUCUAAAUCUACUGAAGGGAUUUACUUGAAACUUGAAAUAUAAACAGAUGGCAAGUAGAAGUGCAGUGACUAAGAACCAUAACAGUAUCUACCUUAGUUUUUGAAUGAUCUCCCUUUAUUUAAUUUCAAAGUAAAUUUUUUGUCCGGAGCAAAUCUACUGAAGGGAUUUACUUGAAACUAGAAAUAUAAACAGAUGGCAACUAGGAGAAGUGCAUUGAACAUGAACUAUAACUCUAUCGGCCGUAGUUUUUGAAUUAUCUCCCUUUAUUUUAUUUCAUAGUAAAUUUGUAUCUGUUUUGUCCGGAGCAUAACUACAAAUGUUCUCAUACAAGCAAACAAUUUCGGCGGGGAUGGCCAUGUCAACAUGGCUCUUGUUUAUAUGGUAUGUAUUUAUUUUGUCAUUCCUUUAAAGGUCAACCUCUUGAACAAGAAUUUAAGCUAACUUUGUAUUGUCAAUUUGAAGUAAAAAUUGUUGAACAAAACAAGUUUGAUAAAAAAAUGUCUCGAUAUAUGUUAAAAGCUAUUUUUAGUCCCAUACCGGUGUAACCGGAGGGGACAUGGUUUGCGCUCUGUGUGUUGGUCAGUCACACUUUUCUGAAUCCUGCAAUAACUUAAAAAGUUCAUCAUAUUUUUUCACAAAACUUAAAACAUGGGCAGAUGGCAAUAUGGAGAUUUUUUAUGCACAUCAUUUAAUUUUGUUCAUACGUCAAGAAUUCUGGUUGCUAUGGCAACAAAUAGACUAGCUACCGCUAGGCGACUUUUAUUGCUUGGCAAUAGUUUUGUUGUAUAAUAGUUAUCUUUUUUAUGUUUUUUUUAUUGUUUCUCAGUGCAUACGACAGUUUUUAUAUCUAUUUUCUAUUUCUGCUCCACCCUUCGCCAUUGUUACUGCUGUACCCUUUGCCAGUAUUUAAAGCAGACUUUAAUGUUAUGCUCAACUUUUGGUCUUCAACACCUUGAAGCAAAUACAAACUACAAUGCAAUAUUUCAUUUGAAUGGUUAAGCUUGUAUUAAUCAAGAUUUUGAUGACUUGGAAAAUGACUGAACCAAGUCACAUUUUGUAAAAGUUGACUUAGUCCGCUUGUGUGCUCUAUGCAAUCUUUAUUGUUUGCCUAAUACUCAUUAAUCACAUUUACUGUUUUUGCAUACAUUUAGAGAAGAGUUCUUUAUGUCAUUGAUCGUUUUAGCAUCUGCUUCAAAUGUUUAGGAACAUGAGAGAAUUGAUUUGGAUAAUAUCAGGGGGAAAUGUUUAUUUCAGAGAUCUGGAUAAGUGGGGUAUUUCCUUGCUAGCUUUCUUAAUUUUGAUCAAAAUUCUAUGUUGUGGGUACUCAUUAGAACCGUCUCUAUGAGACAAUUCCAAUGAGUACCCACAACAUUGGACUUAGUGAAAAAUAACUGAUAUAGAAAGAAGUCAGAUUCUUGCCCUUAUCUAAACCUCUGUUCAUUUGGUGCACUGUUCAAUUUUUGUAAUGAAUGGCGGCCCUAACUUUGUUCUUAUGUUAGGUUGUCCAAACUGGAAGCAGCAGCAGAUAACAGUAUUAUUCCAAAGUCAGAAAUUGACAUUUCAUAUGCUGCUCAUUCCCUUUUUUCAGAAAUUUGCAGCUGAGGGCUUUAAAGGGAUCUCAUUAAAAGAAGCACAUCUUUAAGAAUAGUUGUUUCAUCACGGAAUUUGCGAAAAAACCUUGAGACAAAAUGAGAAAUUGUUUAUCAUGAGCAAAUUGUUCUUCUGUCUCAAUGUUAUAGAUGCUGUCUGCUGCAAAGGAUUCGAAAAGCGCUUGAAUAAGGGGAAGAAAUAAUGCAAAUUCAAGAUAGUAUUUAAUUUGAUGUAUACUUUUCUUUUUGACAUCUGUUUGCAUUUGUAAUUUAAAACCAUUGUCUUUUAUUUUGAAUUUUACUGGUUUCAUACUUUUAUUUUCAUUUUGCAAGUUUAUAGUUCUACG